UGUGAUGGUUCCGCGUUCCGGUAUUUGUCCCGACUCCCCGUUCUUGCCUGCGUGCCACACGGCUGCUCGGGCUGGGCAGUACGGAAGCGCCGUGAGGGAGAGAAGCACGGCGGGCUUGGCGCGCGCGGUGCAUUGUGGGCAGGGCCAGCUACCGCCGCCAUUUUGUCUCCGUCAGGCGCGGCGCGGGCUGUCGGGGCGAGUCGGCCGAGCUGGUGUCUGGCGAGGGGGAUUUGGCCCGCAGCUCACGAUGAUAUCGGCCGCCCAGCUCCUCGACGAGCUCAUGGGCCGGGACAGGAACCUGGCCCCCGAUGAAAAGCGCAGCAACGUGCGGUGGGACCACGAGAGCGUUUGCAAAUACUACCUUUGUGGCUUUUGCCCAGCUGAAUUAUUUACAAAUACCCGUUCUGAUUUAGGUCCUUGUGAAAAAAUUCAUGAUGAAAAUCUACGCAAACAGUAUGAGAAAAGCUCUCGGUUUAUGAAGGUGGGCUAUGAGAGAGACUUCCUGCGCUAUUUGCAGAGCUUGCUUGCAGAGGUGGAGCGCAGGAUCCGGAGGGGUCAUGCUCGUUUGGCUCUGUCACAGAACCAACAGUCUUCUGGGGGAGCAGGACCUACUGGUAAAAACGAGGAGAAGAUUCAGGUGUUAACUGACAAAAUUGAUGUACUGCUUCAACAGAUUGAAGAACUAGGUUCAGAAGGAAAGGUGGAAGAAGCACAAGGAAUGAUGAAACUCGUUGAACAGUUAAAGGAAGAGAGAGAACUACUGAGGUCUACGACUUCAACAAUUGAGAGCUUUGCAGCCCAGGAAAAACAAAUGGAAGUUUGUGAAGUUUGUGGAGCCUUUUUAAUUGUCGGAGAUGCACAGUCCAGGGUAGAUGACCACUUGAUGGGAAAGCAGCACAUGGGUUAUGCCAAAAUAAAAGCUACUGUAGAAGAUUUAAAAGAAAAGUUACGAAAAAGAACAGAAGAGCCUGACCGUGAUGAAAGGUUGAAGAAAGAGAAGCUAGAACGGGAAGAGAGGGAAAAAGAGAGGGAGCGGGAAAGAGAAGAGCGGGAAAGGAAGAGACGACGUGAAGAGGAAGAAAAGGAAAAAGAGAGGGCUCGUGACAGAGAGAGACGUAAAAGGAGCCGCUCACGGAGCAGGCAUUCAAGCAGGACAUCUGACAGGAGGUGCAGCCACUCACGAGACCACAAAAGGUCAAGAAGCAGAGAAAGAAGGCGAAGCAGGAGUCGUGACCGGAGGAGAAGCAGAAGCCAUGAUAGAUCAGAAAGGAAACACAGGUCUCGUAGUAGGGACAGGAGACGGUCAAAAAGCCGGGACCGAAAAUCCUACAAGCACAGAAGCAAAAGCAGAGAGCGAGAACAAGACAGGAAGUCAAAAGAAAAAGAAAAGAGGGGAUCUGAUGAUAAAAAAAGUAGUAUGAAGUCCAGUAGUCGAGAAAAACAGAGUGAAGACACAAAUACAGACUCGAAGGAGAGUGAGACUAAGAAUGAGGUCAAUGGGACCAAUGAAGACAAUAAAUCUGAAGUGCAGCGUAAGUAUGCACAGAUGAAGAUGGAGCUAAGUCAAGUGAGAAGACAAACUAAAGCACCUUCUGAAGGAAAUGACAGUGUAGUCCUGCAAAACGUUUUGAGGUACAUUGUUUUGUCUCAGCUAUUUUGUAGCAGACUCAUGCCCCCAUUAGUGUGCCUCUUUGGGACAUAUUUGUAAUAUAGUCACCAUAGAAAAAUUAAUUAUCCUUUUUUAUUUUUAGGGAUUUUGUUAACGUUUUUGUUUUUUUUUUAAAGUUGAACUGGUUUUGUAUUUAAGUCCAUAUUGUGUUGGUACAUCAGCAGAAACUUUUGCUUAAAUACUUAAUAUUUGAGGCACAUGUUGGACUACAUUGUUUUUCAUAUAAACUGCUAGUAUUUCUUUGUCAAGGAUGUUUCUAGUUUUUUUGCUUUAUUGCCUUGCAUUCUAAUGCAGUUUGUUCUGUAACUCGAGAGCCAGUAGCAUUGGAUUGAUGGAAGUGUAGGGUUUAUGAAUUAUUGCAGCUGACUACCAUACCUCACACAGCGUUGGUGUUGUGAGCGGCCCAUGAAAAGCCAAAUUAAAAAUCAAGGAUUCAGUCAAACUAAGCAGGUACUCAUGCCAGGUACUCCUUUCUCUACCCACAUCCAUGUUUGAAUGCUGUUGCCUGUAAUCUUUAAGCUUACUGUUGUGUUUUUGAUUUUGAAGCUAGUGAAAAGGACUUCUUGUGUAUUGUGUGAAUACUGUAAAUCUGAUGUUAACAGAAUGGAAUUUUCUUUCAACUGUGUGUAGGGAUGCAGUGCUGCCCAGAAUUAGAUAUCUUUAAAGAGUUUAAAAUGCAAUAAACACUACAUAAUAUUCGCCUUGUUACUUUCAAUGCAAUUCAAGUCUUUUAAGAGGUAUGUGCUUAAUAUUUCCUACUGUGUAGGAGACUUUGCAGUCACCCAUAGCACAGAAGAGUGGAAUGGCUGGUAACAGGCUUGUAAGGCAGAUGUAAAUGCAGAGACAGGUGCCACCAAAUGAUGGCAGUGUUGAUAGCAAGAAUGUAUGCUGGAAACUGUUUGUGGGAAAUGAAGCAGCUAAGCAAUAGGCAAUUAUGUAUUGAAAGGAUAACUUGAAGUUUUUUCCCCACUCUUGACAUAGCUUUCUUACAGAAGGUCUUUAGUUGUAUUCCUGAAAUAAGGCACUAACAGUGGAGGUGACAGCUGAUAAAUGAACUUCUUGCAAUAUAAUUUGUUACUGUAGUUGCAUUAUGUAUGCUAGGAACUCUUAAACAUUUAAUGUUGAUAUUAAACCAUUAAUGCUAUAUCAUUGCUUCUAAUGCCAGUCAUGUUCAAUGGUAAUGUUUUUGUAGAGUUAAAAUGACAGCUAACAACUGGGCGAGUGUAUAGGAAUAGUAAACAAAAUGCUCCUAAUGCUGUCUAAUUGUCUGUUCUCCCAAAAUUUUGCAUUAUAGGACUACUAUGUGAAGAGUCUGUGAAGACAGCGGAAGACAGCUUAAACUGAAGAUCUGCUUUUAAAUGAGGUGAAAGAAAGCUGUAGUGGCAUAGAAAAAUAUAAAGUUGAGUUAGAUUUUUUUUUUAAUAAAAUUUAAUUCAGGACUGGUGUUUCCUUCCAGAGUUCAGAAGGAUGUGUUGAUAAUAGCACAUAUUCUACUGAGAAUAUAAGUCCUGUAUCCUUCUUUUUCUUUAAGACUUUUUAAGAUAAGAAACCAACAUAACCUGAACACAUGGCUUGCUCAGUGUUUAAUUGCAAGUUUUCAUUCUUGGACUUCAAAACACAAGAAUAAAUGUUUAGUAUUUGUGUGAAUUGAACUAAAAUGAAUCCCAUUUUUACAACUAAGCAAUUCCUAGCUUCUUGAUAUACAAGAAAUGGAAAUAAAGUAUCUUUGAAUUUCUGUUACAAA